AUGAAAAAUCCGGAGCUGGAAUUUUCUGCCGUAUUUACACUGAUUGUUACCGUAUUUUUCUCCACUCCGAGUCCUCGACUCCUCCGGCGUUGGAGUCGGAAUCUGGUCCACCAACCUCAACAAUAUCUACAUCUACGUGCUACGAUAUACUACUUGUCUACAUCUUGGAGGCAGAAAGCCCUUGCAGUCACCAUGCCGAAGCCUAAAUCAUUCAAAAAAGACGCAUCACGCCAAUCUAGUACACAUCAAACACAACAAUCCUCAACACCCAACUGGCCCCCUCUCCGCCCUCUAAUCCCCUCUUCCGAUCUCCUCCUCGAACCCCUCCUGCCCGACCAAAUCUACUUAAUUCGCAACUUCCUCACUGCAUCCCUCUGCAAAACAUACGUUUCAUUCCUCUCUUCACUCCCGUUGAUCACAACUCCCGGGAAGCCCAAAAAGGGCGAGGCCGUCCGCGUCAACGACAGAUUUCAAAUCCAGGAUGCCACAUUCGCAGAGACACUCUGGCGAGAAACGGCCUUGAAGGAGCUUGUAACUAAAUCCCUUGCUGAAGAUGAGCAGCCGCUGCUAUUGAGAGAGACUUGGGGCGGCGAACCAUUGGGAUUGAAUGCAAAUAUUCGCGUUUAUCGAUAUUCGCCGGGGCAGUUCUUUGCUCAGCAUUACGACGAUUCCAAUACCCUUUCCUUCUCAUCCCCUUCAACUCCUUCUCCCCAACCAGCUCGUACGUCGUGGACGCUGCUUAUAUAUUUGUCUACCUGCUCCGGCGGAGAAACCAUUUUCUAUCCGGAGCCUACCCGGGCAAACCGCAACCCUGAGCCAAUCUCGGUAGCACCGGAGAUGGGAAUGGCGCUGCUACAUCGACAUGGAGAUCAAUGUCUGCUGCAUGAAGGGAGCGAGGUUACCUAUGGGGAGAAAUGGGUGCUGAGGAGCGACCUUGUUGUUGCACGAUGA